UAAUUUUAAUAAGUAACCAAUUACGCUCGCUUAUUUAUAUAUAUAUACGUAAUUGUAUCCUGUUAAGAACUCUGGCAAUUCGCCUCAAUUUUUUUCCUCCACAGAAAUUUAGCCCUACGAAUUUCUCUCUCUUCCCCGUUUCCAAAAUCUCCCAAAUUCUUUUCAUGGAUACUCCCUUUCUCGAUUCAAUUGAGUUAUUGAGUUCCCAGCUUUAUUCUUAUUCAAUUCAUCAUUCUUACUUACUGGUUGCUUGUUUUCAUCAUUCAGAUUUUAGUCGUCCUUGUAUUUUUUCUUAAUAAUAGCUUAGUUACAGCCUUAAAGCUUUCGGAUUCGGAUUUGAUUUGGUUUGUUUUGCCUCUCAACAUGGGUAAAAAAAGUUCUCAGAAGAAAUUUGCUGCAAUGCUGGAUAGCGAUGAUACAGAUAGUAUGAGCUCAUCCUCCUCAUCUAUGCGCUUGGAUAAUAUGACAGAGAAUGGUCUUGAUGAAGUUCAGGUUGAUAAGGAUGCGAUGCUUGAUCAGUGCUUGGAUGCUUUGUAUGAGAAGAGGGGUUCCACUAGAGAAAAGGCUUUGGCAUCUAUUAUUGAGUCCUUCAAUAGCAGUUUGCAGCAUGAAUUUGUCGAAACAAAGUUUGCUACAUUGCUGCAGCAGUGUCUCAAUUCAAUUAAAAAGGGUUCUGCGAAGGAGGUUGCCUUGGCAUCUCAUGCAAUAGGACUUUUAGCUCUGACUGUGGGUCCUGGGGAGAAGGCUCAAGAGAUCUUGGAAGAAUCAUUCUCCCCUAUAUCAGAUGCUCUAAGAGUUCGGCCUGAGACAUCUAAGAUUUUGUCUUUACUCCAAUGUUUGGCUGUUAUUACUUUUGUUGGUGGUGAAGAUCCAGAGCAAACGGAAAAAUCAAUGCACAUAAUGUGGCAAGUGGCUCAUCCUAAAUUGGGUGCCAAUGUGGCUACCUUUAAACCUUCACCAGCAGUGAUAGCAAUGAUGGUAUCUUCCUGGUCAUUUUUACUCACUACUAUGAACGGCUGGGCGCUGAACCCUAAGAGUUGGCAAGAGUCAAUCUCGUACUUCUCUACACUGUUGGAGAAGGAUGACAGAGCACUGCGCAUGGCAGCUGGUGAAGCACUUGCUUUAAUAUUUGAGAUGGGGAACCUGGACAAAUUCUGUGGAGAAACUAAGGACUCUUCUGACCCCACUGUUGAUGAAGGGAAGGAUUCUCGAAAACUGAUGUACUUACAUGGAUUGAGGACUAAAGUACUUGGUCAAGUGCGGGGCCUCUCUGCUGAGGCCGGUGGUAAAGGUUCUGCCAAGAAAGAUCUCAAUAGUCAGAGGAACACAUUCCGAGAUAUCCUGGACUUCCUUGAGAACGGUUCUACACCCGAGACCUUGAUGAAGAUAGGUGGAGAUCCUCUGAACACAAGCUCAUGGAUUCAAUUGAUACAGUUGAACUUCCUGAAACAUUUCCUUGGAGGAGGAUUUGUGAAGCACAUGCAGGAGAACCAAUUUCUUCAUGAUGUGUUUGGUUUUAUGCCCAAGAAGAAGUUCCUAUCAGGGGCCGAGCAACGUAUGUCGGGGAGUGAAAAGAGGAUGUACAAGUCGCCUAACUCAGCUCUCAACAAGGCGCGAACUCAGUUACUGAAUAAACAACGUACAUUAGCCCAGGGCAAGAAUGCAGGCCACUUUGCAGUCGAUGAGUAAAACAGGAGCAUGCAAUAACUUGUUGCGCCCCUUCUGCGUGCCUACUAAUAUUCAAAAACUAUACUUUUAUCUCGUGAUUUGUUUCCAGAUUGGGAUCCCAAUGUAUUCAUUAUAAUCUAAAUCAGAGGUAAUCUUAUUUACUAUA